AUGCGCGAGCACAACGGCGCUACCGAGAUGAAGGUCGCCCACGUCGUCGAUUUCAUUGUGGGCACGAGGGAUCAGAUCAGUACCAAGCACUUGCCGAGCAUCUGCUACGGGCGGCCGCACGUGCUCACAUGGGAUCAUCCAAAGAUCGGCGCAAAGGUCUUCCGGCAGGCGUUCGAGAACAUGGGCGGCCGCCAGUUCAAGUGCUUCUGCCUAGAAACGAACGCGGUGGCCACGAAAAAAAGGUCCGGAGGCACCAGGUUCGAGGACAUGCCAGAGGAAGACAUUGACGCAGGCUUCCAGUACAUCAAGGACAAAGGCCCCAGGUCCAGCUCCAACCUGCAGCAACUAACGUGGCGGACGAAGAACAUCGUCAAUAAAAACAGCCCCAUCUUCGGGUGGCACUCGGGGCUAGUCCAGGAAGCGCUCCGCAAUUUGGCCACCGACGGUUGCUUCGCCAUGAAAGAAUACGGGUGGUGCGUGUGCUUGACACGGAAGUACUACCAGCCGUGGGCCCUCGACAUCUUGGAGCAGGUGCGGGACUUCGACGUGUCAGCCCUCGUCAUGCUCGGUGAGCCGCGUGCUGGAAAGUCCCCGAUUGGGCGUUCCAUCAUCAUGGCCCAGUGUCGGUGGAACAAAGAGCGCCUGGGCCAGGGAUCCGUGUUGAUGGGGGACUUCCUCGACGACGGUGGUUGCAAUGCUCUUUCGAUGAAAGUGCUCAAGUCGUUCACCGACGUGGGCCUCUACGAAAGCAUGUCAUGGGCCAGGUGGGGCGCGGCGAACUGGGUGCAGAACCAGCCCCGCAUCAUCGCGGAUCAGUUCUACGACCCGACGUGCCAGCCCAAGGAGGACGUGUGGCCAGAGAUCGAGUUCAAGGACUUCGCAAAGAUGGUGCGCCCCGCCGUUCCAGACAAGACCACUGACGCCGAACUGGACGCCAUCUUCAACAGGGCUGCCUUCAUCAUGAACAGCAAGACUUACCGCCUCUACUUGGCCUUCAAGGGCGGCAACAGGGACCCGCCGUCCACUUUCAAGGCAAACCCCAUUGAAGAGAAGCGCUGGGUGUCGAGGAUCUUGGACAAGAGGAUUGGCGAGCGCAAGGCGGCAGUCGACGCCGAGGGCACCGGCGCCAGCACCCUGUUCGAGGGGCCAGCGCCUGCGGCUGUCCCCGCGCGCGUUGCCGUCAAGAGGGAGCUGGACGACGAGACCUUUCAAGAGUUCAUCAAGAAGAAGAGCAAGCUCUUCGCGUCUUUGAAGACAAUUUCGGGCUCCAUCAGCAUCGACACGGACAGCGAGGAUGAUGUGGCCCUCCCUGUCCCUGCGUUCCCCGAGGACGAGGACGUGUUCGGCUUCGGUGGUGGCAUGGACAACGCCGACGCGUGA